AGAAAUAAUUCUGGCUAAUCUAUGUUUGGGUAAAUUACCGAAGGUAAUAAUAUAUAAAUUGGUAUGCUGCAAAAUAUUUUUUAAUUGAAAAAUAACCAAGGUUUUUCAAACCUUUGAUUUUACAAUAGUGAAGCUUGUUUGUGGUGUUAUAUUGAAUGUACAAAUAUGCAGGGGAACAAUAACACAAGGAAGAAAUUCAGAACUUCUUCGGUCAAUGCAAAAAGUCAUGAUUUUAGAUUUUUAGACCCUUCUACUAGUUCAAGACCAAAAAGAUCACAAUCACAAUUAGAAGGUGGCAGAAAAAACAACCCACUUCAAAAUCAACCAAAAAAAAACAUUUCAAAUAGAAGUAGGGAAUUAUCCCAUUUUUCCUUCAAAUAUCUGGAAUCUUUGUUAGAGAAGCCAUUAGAAGAGGUCAUCCAAAAAUUAACACAAAACGAACACUUUUUCAGGUACAUUGGAAAUGAAUUAAGUCCAGAUAAUACUGUGCUGAUUGUGAGAUUAUUGAGCAAAUUUUGUGAUUGUUGUUUUUCUAAAAUUAGAAUAGAACUCUUACAUAAAAGUUUGACUUCUGGGUUUGCAAAUCGUUUACAGAAUUACAUUGUGUCUAUUGCUGUUCAAAAUCAUGUGGAGAAGAAAAUGAAUUCAUAUUACUGGAAAGAUCCAGAUCAUUUCUGGAAUUCAUUUUUGAAACUUUGUACUGUUUCCUUGAAUGAAAGCCCCCAUUUUUUUAUAGAUAAUUUAUUGAGAGUAGUUAAAAUUUCUCAAUUGCAAAUAACAGUAAUUGAAACUGAACAUGAAGUACAUAUUUGUGAUGAAAUUAAGAAUAACUUAAAGUAUAUUAUUGAUAGAGCUCAGGACAUUAAAUCUCGGUCUGAGUUAAAGCAGUCUUCACAAAAAAAAGAUAUUAUAAAUGAUGUUGAAGAGGACCCACCUGAAGAUUUUCAUGAAAUCAGCAUUUUCCCUACAACAGAUGAAUUAGUGGAUAUGAAAAAACCUUUUCUCAGAAAAAAUGUUGUUAUUGGUUCAUACAAGGAUGUUAAUCAUUAUCUAGAUGUCCAAUUCAGAUUAUUACGGGAGGAUUUUGUGGGACCUUUAAGACUGGGAAUACAAGGAUUUUUAUCUGGAAAAGAGCUUCGCGAUAUACAAGAUAUCAAGAUACAUCGUAGGGUCCAGUUUUUGAAUCCUGUAACAGCCACAGAAGAUUUUUGUGUCUUACUUAGGUUUCACUUUGGCGGUAAAAAAAGUAGCUUCAAAUAUGAAGAAUCUAAAAAAUUUAUGUUUGGCUCUUUGGUGUGUUUCACAAGGGAUAAUUUUCAGUCCAUUCUAUUUGGUAGGAUUGCAGACCGUAAAAUGGAAUAUUUGAAAAAUGGGCAAUUUGUAGUAGGGUUCAACGAUAAAACUGAAGUGCUUUACAACACUGACUAUACAAUGGUUGAAUGCAGCAUUUAUUUUGAACCAUAUUAUCAUGUGUUAAAAGUAUUGCAACAAAUUAAUGAAGACAACUUCCCAAUGAAGAAUUACAUAGUAGAUGUUGAAAAAAAUGUAUUGCACCCUAAUUAUGGAGAUCGCCUAACUCCAUAUAAGAUAAAAAGCAAUGAGAUAGUUAAAUUAUAUUAUCCUUUUCAUCCAGAAGUUAGCCUUACUUUUGAUGACCUGAAUGAAUCCCAAAAUGAAGCAUUUUUAGCUGCUUUGACAAGAAAAUUUUCUAUAAUUCAAGGACCUCCUGGAACCGGUAAAACCUAUGUGGGUUUGAAAGUAGCAAAAACAUUGCUUGACAACUACAGAAAUUGGUGGAGAAAUUCACCUAUGUUGGUUAUUUGUUUCACAAAUCAUGCUCUUGAUCAAUUUCUGGAAGGAUUAAUUGGCACUACUGAUAAGAUUAUAAGAAUUGGAGGUCAAUCAAAAAAUGAGAAACUAGGAGGAUUCAAUUUAAAAGAAUAUGCAAGAAAAAUAAAUCCUGGUGUGUGGAGGGCAAGAGAUCAACUUAAUAGUUAUUUAAUGAAAAUUAAUAAUAUAUCUAAGACUUUAAAAAACAUCACAGGUUUUGUUUGUAUCCUAGAUUUCAGAAAGUUUGACAGUGUUAUUCCACAUUUUCAUGAUAGCUGGCUUGCUGCUGCUACAAAUGAAGAUUUACUCAAUUGGUUAUUACCAGAAAGAUUUCCUGAUUAUGAAGAGGAGUUUUCACUUAUUCAGGGAUUCAAAAAAGUCACUUUGGAUGACUCUGAAACAGAAGAUUCUGAUGUGGACAAUGAAGCAGCAGAAGUGAACAAAUUAGAUGAAUUUUUAACAGCUAUAAAUUCGAGUCACACUCAAGAUUCAUUACUCGAUUUAAAAACAUUGAAGGAACAUAUUUUUAACAAUGAUCAAUAUUUGAUAGAUUUGGAAUCCAAAAUGGAGGAGGAAUUAUAUUUUGAAUUUAUAACUCUAAAAAUGAAAAAUGAGAAGUUAAAAGCUGCAUAUGAAUUUGUGAGGGAACAAUUAUCGAUGGCUUCUACAAGGAUAGCCGAAGAGGAGCUGAUUGAUGUUAGAACCAGUCAAUAUAUUUCUUUAGAAGAUAGGUGGAAAUUAUAUUUCUGUUGGUUGGACUUAUAUAAAAAACAUUUGUUGGAGCAGUAUGACCAAAACUAUCUUGCAUAUAGAAGAAGAUUUGAAAUAUACAAUGAGUUGAAGGAAAUGGCAAAUAUUGAAAUUCUGAAAGAUAUGAAAGUAAUUGGAAUGACUACCACUGGUGCUGCACGUCUCCAUUCAACCCUGCAAGUACUGAAAUGUCCUAUUGUUAUAGUGGAGGAGGCAGCUGAAGUUUUGGAAGCACAUAUUGUUUCUGCUUUAACUCAAAAUUGCCAACAGCUGAUACUGAUUGGAGAUCAUCAACAAUUGAGGCCCAGUACAGCCAAUUAUAAAAUAGAAACAUUUUAUAAAUUGGGUAUUAGUUUAUUUGAAAGGAUGAUAAUGAAUAAAGUUCAAUGUUUUACUCUUGAUAUUCAACACAGAAUGAGGCCAGAAAUUUCGGCAUUAAUAAAACCAACCAUAUACCCAAAUUUGAAAGAUCAUGAAUCUGUUAAAUUGAGACCACUCAUCAAAGGAGUGGAUAAAUGUUUGUAUUUUGUUGAUCAUAAGAUUCGAGAGGAAUCACAUUCAGAUAAUUCAAAGAAAAACUUGCAUGAAGCAAGAUUCUUGAUUCAGUUGGCCAGAUAUCUUAUACUUAAUGGAUAUCAUUCUGAACAAAUUACAAUUCUAGCAGCAUAUUUGGGACAAAUGUUUGAACUACAAAAAGAGAAAAAGAAAAUGGACCUUCUCAAAAAUGUUAGGAUUUCCGUACUUGAUAAUUAUCAAGGAGAAGAAAGUGAUAUUAUUUUGUUAUCCCUAGUAAGAAAUAAUGAUGAGAACAGUAUUGGAUUUCUAUCUAUUGAAAACAGAGUAUGUGUAGCCUUGUCUCGUGCCCGCAAUGGGUUCUAUAUUAUGGGUAAUAUGACUCUUCUUUGCAAUAAGUCACCGUUGUGGAUAAAAAUCAAUGAUACACUCCUCAGUCAAGAAGCUAUUGGAUCUAGUCUGGUUUUGAAGUGUCAAAACCAUAAUAAAAUGACUAACGUUUCCACUGCAGAUCAUUUCUCACUGGUAUCAGAGGGAGGGUGUGAUCAGAUUUGCAAUUAUUUAUUAGUGUGCGGUCACAAAUGUAAAAUGCAAUGCCAUAUUUUAGAUCCAGAUCAUGAAAAUUACAUUUGUACAGAGAAAUGUGAAAAGCUUUUGUGUGAUUCAGAUUUGAGACAUCUAUGUAGGAAGAUGUGCAGUGAAGAGUGUGGACCUUGUGAUUAUCCUAAAAAUUUAACUCUGUUGUCAUGUGGUCAUGAUGCUGUAAUGCCAUGUCAUAUGGAGCCUGAAGACUAUAAAUGUGUUAAGGAACUACAAGUUACUCUCCCUUGUGGUCACAAUGCAACUAAAUUUUGUUACUUGGAGACUGAAAAAUGUAAAUGUCGAAUUCCAUGUGAUGCUAGACUUGAUUGUGGUCAUUCUUGUGAGAAAUUAUGCCAUGUUUUUGACGACCCGGAUCAUUUGAACUAUAAAUGUCUCAAACGUUGUGAUAAGUUUAGAGUUGGGUGUACAAAUGGUGAAGACGAUUCUCACAAGUGUUCAAAGCUGUGUUAUGAUGAAUGUGAACCAUGUAUGAAACUUGUCAGGAAAGCUAGGACUGUGUGUCCUCAUUAUUACGAUGUACCUUGUUGUGAAAAUGUAGAUGAUAUUCAAUGCUCCAAACCAUGCAAGAAAAAAUUCGCUUGUGGACACUCAUGUCAAAAUAUGUGCGGAGUGCAAUGCGGCACAUGUAAAAAGAUGGUUCAAAAGAAAAUACCUGGUUGCAAUCAUACUCAAUUAAUAUCUUGUGAUGAGGAAGCAGAUAGAAAAUAUUGUAACAAAAAAUGUCCCAGAGUCAUGGUAUGUGGACAUAUAUGUGGAGGAAUAUGCAAGAUUGAGUGUGACCCUAAAAAAUGCAAGGAAAUUGUAAAAGUUUCUAUCUUAGCAAAAUGUGGACACAUUGUUAAGGAAGUUCCAUGUUUCGUUAAAACAUCUUACAAUGAAGAAGGCGCAUCAGCAAUCAAAAACUUGGAAUCUUAUUGUAAUGAACCUUGUACAGUUAUAUUAAAUUGUAGUCCUGAAGAUAAACACCUCUGUAGUGGUUCAUGUGGAUCGUGUUACCAAGGGAGGAUACAUAGGAGGUGCAAAAAUAAAUGCAGUAGAAUAUUACUCUGUAAUCAUACAUGCACUGGAUUUUGUCGAGAAUCCUGUUUGCCUUGUUCGAAGAAAUGUUCAUACAAAUGUAAACAUAGCGUUUGUCAGAAUCGUUGUGGUGAUGCAUGUAUCAUGUGUAAAGAACCAUGUAAUAGAAAUUGUCCUCAUCAGAAAUGUAAAAAGAAGUGUGGAGAAAUUUGUAGUGUACCUCCAUGUGAAGAGCCAUGCAAUAAAAAUCUUAAAUGUGGUCAUCCUUGCAUUGGCUUCUGUAGUGAGCCUUGCCCACCUCUGUGUCGAAUUUGUAAUAAAGAGGAAGUUGAAGAAUUUUUCUUUGGGACAGAAGAUGAAGAAAAUGCAAGGUUCGUUUUAUUGAAUGAUUGUGGUCAUAUACUUGAAAAUAAUGGCAUGCAAAACUGGCUAUGCCAAGAUGAAAAACAAAUCAAAUUCAAAGAAUGUCCGAAAUGCAAGACGAAAAUAUUUACUACUGAGAGAUACAGUGAUUAUAUCAAGAGGGCUAUAGAUGAUAUUUCAAAGGCUAAAAUAGCAGGGAUUGGAACGAGAGAAAGUAUUACUGAAAAACGUUCAGAAUUAAUAAUUAAAAUUCAAAAUCUUGCCUUUCCAAGUACUUUGGUUGUUUCUGUUGUAUUAUUGAAAUAUAAGAAAAGUUUAUUAUCUCGUUUGGAAGAUGUUACUGAGUUGAAACGACGUCAAGUGUUCACUUUGAUAGAAUUGAAUGUUAUUGAAAUAAAAUAUCAGCUUAUGGAGCAAGUUUUUAAAAUAAUGAAAAUGCACCAAUUUGAAAGUAUAUCAACUUCUUUGAUACCCCAUGUGAAAGCCCAAAUUGAAUUUAUUUUUGAUAAUUUAUUAAGAGAAAUGGAUGAUAUAACAACAACUGAAAUUGAAGAUAUCCAAAGAGAAAUCAACAGAUUGCAUAGAAUGAUUGAAAUAUUACCAUUAUUGAGGAUAUGUCAAAAUGCAAAUCAGAGCACUAGACAAGAAAUUUUGAAUGUUGACAACCUAAUCAAUACAUUACACAAGUUUGAUGAUGAGAAGAAUAACACUGUAAAGAUAGAGUUAAAAUCUCUUGCAAAGAAGCACUCUUUGCUAGCUGUAAGUGAAGAGGAAAAACAACAAAUUGUGAAACUUAUAGGGCUAAGCAAAGGUCACUGGUAUAAAUGUCCCAAUGGACAUCCUUAUGCUAUAGGUGAAUGUGGUGGUGCUAUGGAAGAAAGUAUAUGUGUAGAAUGCAAAGUACCUAUUGGAGGCCGCUCUCAUAGACUACUACCAACAAAUAGUGUAGCAACUUUUAUGGAUGGAGCUACUUAUUCAGCUUAUUCAGAUCAGCAAAACAUGGCAAAUUAUAAUUUAAAUGAUAUCCUUUGAAAUCUAUAAAAAAACAUUAUAUCUAUUACAUUAUUAGUUUUGGUGUUGGUAGUACAAUUUAAAUUCAUAUGAAUAUUAUGUUUUGUUCAGAUAUAGUAUUUUGCUUUUAGUUUUUUUUUUUAAUAGUUAUUUUGGCAUGUUACUGAUUAAUUGAUGAAUUCUUAUUCGGACACAUUAUUAUACUAUUUAACUAUAUACUAUAUAAAAUUUAUAUGUCUUGUUAAUCCCAGUUUGUAUUCUGAUUUACUAGAUUAAAUUCAACUGAAAUGAC